AUGAGCGCCCAGCAAGGCUACAUGACAAGUCCUCCUCCCACAGUUCCUCACUCAACUGCACCCUCUAAUGGUUCCCAAUUCGCUGCUGAAUGCCCGAAUCAGUUCCGCGGACAUCCUUAUCAACCUUAUCCAAACCAAGAGUGUCCACCGGAAAUGCCAGCACCGAACGUGUCUGUCAGUCAACCAGGUCAUGGACAGGCCUUAACAUUAAACCAACUGCUUUUACAAAACAAUUCCCCAGGAUCUCAGCCGUCGCGUGUACCGGGAGCGAUGUCACCAAUGAGCCACACUGGUGGAUACCGGUAUGAUCCCUAUGGAUAUAUGUCGAAACCCGGAGUUCCUGUUCAUCAUCAAGAAAGCAACCAGUGGAUAUUGGCGACAUCGAUUUCCUGUCUAGCUAACGGUCGUUUCUUUUCUUAUUCGACGUCGCAUAUACUUUUCGGGGGUACCGUUGAUGUAGCGAAUAAUUCAGUUAACAGGAAUCACGCUUCAAUUAGUUUACUGGUUCACCCCUCUCCAUACGCUAGCGCUUUGCGUGGGCGCGCGUGCAUGUACGUGCGCGAGGCGAAGCUUCAGCCUAUACUCUCGCAGCCUCCUCCAAUGAAGGAACCCAAUACGCAGGAAGGUUUAUUACGAUCAUCACGUGCCAACACGCCUCAGGAAAAUGCCUCCGAAAUGCGGAGUCCUCUUCAACCACCACCCGAACAUCAACAACAGAUAGACUCGGUUCCGAAGUCGCAGCCUAACCGACCCCCAGGAGGGCCUUCCCCUCUCCCUGGGUAUGGCUCAGGAAUGCCUCAAGAUACCCGAAUGGGCCCCGGAACGCUACGACCGGGGGUUAUGAGUCCCGGCGUUUAUCCACCUCGCUCAGGUUACCCACCGCCCGAAUACGGUCAAGAUCCCUACGGUCCUUAUUCCCUACAGCGUUACCCUCCUCCUCCUCCGCAAUCGUCUCGCUAUCCGACACCUGGAGGUUACACGAUGAUGCCUCCUCCUCCGCCUCCGGCAUCGGGCGGCUAUCCGCCGACAGCUGAUUACCAGAAGAUGCCACCUUACAUGAUGCCGGAUCACUCCAAUUAUCCGAGGCCUUACCAGCCAGAUAUGUACACGCGCAGUGGGUAUUCCCAACCGCCAAUGUCCAACGGAGUAUCGCCUCCGCCUCGCGGCAUGGCGAUGCGUUAUCCGCCUCCACCGACAGGCGGUCUCGAGGGCGUCGUAUCUCCGAAUUCUCAACAGGAGCAACAACCACCUUCGUUUCCGCCCCAACAGCAACAGCCACAGCCACCAAACAGGGCUGAACCAAGAGAUGAGGGUAUGCCAUCGCGAAUGUCUGGCCCAAGUGAACAGCCACCGACCUCGUCUUCGUGUGAUGCUCCAUCGCGCCCAUCUUCGUCGACAUCUUCGCCCUAUCCGCCAUCGAUGGUGCGUUCUGGUCCUCCACCGUCGCCCAAGAAGGAUCUACCUGCCGAUGAGCAGCAGCAACAGCAACAGCCACCACCCCUACAACACGCAAUGCCUCAUCACCAGUACAUGGUUCAACAACAGCAGCACGUCCAUCCGAUGUAUCGCCAAGGGCCCCCAGUAACACCACACAGGAUGCCCCCUCGCGGUCCGCCACCUGGGAGCGCUUACGCCUAUUCCGGUUACCCUCCAAAUUUCCCCCAACAACAAUAUCUACCGCAGCAUCAUCUUCAGCAGCCGUAUCCAGGAGGGGAUAUGCCGCCUACUGCCAUGUACCAUCAAAUUCAUCCGCAAUCCUCCUACGGUCAUCCACAACAAGCUGGUCCACCACCUCCUCCACAUCAGUAUCCUUACCACCGAGGCUACCCUCCACAACCGACGCCAAUGCACGCCAUCGCUCCGCCUCCCAACUUGAGCCCACAAUCGGCGUCAUGUUUUUCACGACUCAUGGAGAUGGGUUACGAACCCGAGCGCCGCCAGUGGCUGGAGCACUAUUUCUUUUUUAUGGAAGAAAUCAAUAAACCCUUAACUGGUUUGCCCCAGGUGGUAAAGCAACCACUUGACUUGUAUCGAUUUUACCUAGCCGUGAGGGAACGAGGUGGCGUUUUGGAAGUCAUUAAAACGAAGCGCUGGAAAGAGAUAAGUCAAAUUUUCAACAUAAAUGCCUCCGCAUCGGCAGCGUACACACUACGAAAGAACUACUGUAAGUACCUGCUGGAUUAUGAGUGUCGAUUUGACCACGGACCUGGCGGUGCUGACGUGCGCGUCGUCGCAGCCCAGAUUGAAACGUUGUCUGGCAAGAAAAAGAAGCCUUCCGUGGGUUCGAUGGGCGGAGCAGGUUCGGAGAUGAAUGAAUCGUCGACGUCUAGCUCUACGCCGUUUCCUCCACCUUCUCCCGCGGGCAGUCAGUCUUCGGCUUCAUCUAAUUUGUUGCCGCAGCCCUCGAGUAACGGCGCUCCUGGUGUGUCGGAAGAAGGAGCGAAGACAGGAGGGCCGGGUUCACCUGUUGGUGUUGCUUCGCCUGCAUCCUCGUCAGCCGGGGCUUCACCGUACCACACACCUGCUCCUUCCGCGUCAACGUCGACGCCAACUACUGUGGAACAUCAGCAGCAGCAACAUCAACAGCAAGUCCCUGCUAGCUAUCCUAUGAGUGGACCUUGGAGACCCUCUCCUAGUCCAAACCAGAGACCUCCAUUUCCACCUCCUGGAUAUCCUCCUCAGCACAGAAUGCCUGGACCUGGCUACGGUGAAAUGGUGGGCCGGCACCCCUACCCACCACCUCAAUCAUACGGUCGUCCUGCUGCCCCACACUCGUCGGCUAGUGGCGGCAGUCAUCCGAUGGCAGCAAUGGAGGGGAUGCGGCCUGGCUCUCCCGAAGGCGCAGUCAUUCCGCCGUCCAAGGCCCCCACUGGCAAUACGGUGCACCAUCCACCCCAGCAACAACCUCCGCCCCCGCCGCCCAUGAUGUACCAGCGAGGUCCCCCGUACAUGAACCAGCACCUCCCACACCACGCGCUGCCCCCGCCCUCCUUCACAGCCCACUACCAGCCUUCUCAGCCGGGCGGGAGACCGGGCGGCGGCCCCUCGCCGCAGCACCCCGGGAGACCGAUGCCACCGUUUGGCGCUCCUGGAUACUCUCCACAAGUAUCGUCUAAUCAACCCCCACCUCCUCCUCUUAACACCUCACUACCAUCUCACAGACACCCUUCGAUGGUGCCACAACAGCCAUCCCCUCAUCCUGGCAUGGUACAACAACCUCGCCCUUUUCAGCAACGUCCAGGUCCCGCUUACGUGACUGCCGCUGCGGCCGCGGCCUAUUGGAAGCGCCUGGAGGCUGCCCAACUCUUCCCGCCUGGCUGCGUCGAGGCCACUCCCAUCGACACGAGUCGACGCAGGCGAUACCGCAUUAAAGACCUCGGCCCGUUAACCGCGUCGAAAUUGGUGAUGGCGCUUCGUUGCGGACUCCCCAGUGAGACAACCUGGGCCUUGAAUGCACUCAACAUAGUUCUCCGCGACGAUCCCAAUGCACUGGAGUCCUAUUUCUCGCCACCCACUCAGCAAUCGGCAGUUGUGGGGUCGUCCACCUCGCCGACCCUUACAAACCUGGUCACGGCACUCACCGACCACCUCCGGCACUCCGCCAACGAACUCUUUCCUCAACAUCGUCUGGCCGCCGAUCUUGAGCUUCCUAUCCACCUCGACCAGGAGGGGCAACCGUUGUCACGAGGCACCAUGUCUAUUGACCCUUCGCUUCCUGACCUCCAGACGCCUUCAAAGGCCACCAAUCAUGACAAUUUCUUCGUUGAACUACUCGCUGAAGUAUCCAGCAGGCGGAGAUGCAUUCGUAUGCGCAGUCAGCCACCGCCUGCUAAUGGGUUACUUAGCCUAGAACGUGAAAUUGCUUCGAUUGCCAAUUCCAAGGGUGUCUCAGUAAGCGCGCUUCAGGAAGCAAUCCGGCAGCUGCUUCAAGGUUCCGGAAAAAAUGGUCGUCUUUUACUGAAGUCGGUGACUCCGAAGUUGCCCAAAACACCAUCUGUGGAAAGUAAUUUGGAGAAAUCGGGUGGGCCGUUGGCGAAGCGGGGUCGUGGCCGGGGUUCGGCUACUCCCAUCCUCGCGGAACAUCUAGCAAUGUUCGAAGCGGGCCAAACGUUUUCUCUACCGAUGGUGCCGAAGCACUUUUCCUUGAUUGUCAACAAUCUCUCCGGUCCCGAGGCCUCUUCUAACAUGCGACGACUGGCGCUUUUCGCGCUGGAUGAGCUACUGGAGGGAAAGGAGUCGCCUCCGCCUGUCCUCUUGCCUGCAGACUUGGCGGCGGAACCCACGUCUCCCCCUGGUUCUCCCCGGCCUCCUUCCAUGCGGGAACUCUUUGUACGCGGGGGCUCCGAUUCUACCUGCUACAUCCUCCCUCAUCCAGGGAGCGCUGGUGGCGCUUCUAGCGGGAAAAAGCGGUCACUUUCCCCCGGUGGGGUCUCUUCCGAAACGCAGGCGAAGCGAACCCGCUCCUCCUCCUCGUCUUCCCUUCCUGUCCUGUCACCCCAGAAAUUUGAGCCAGUUCCCACAGUGGUAGGCGACAAAGAAGCCUCGUCAGCGCUCGAAGAAGAAGAUAGCGAAUUGAAUAGCCAUCGUCUGAUGACAGAUUCCCGCGGCUACUGUCCGCUCCGUGCUCGGUCCGAAAUUAUUCGCCGCGGAGAUCUAGCCCUUUGGCCUGUGGACAUCACCUCGAGAAGAGCUGAGGACUUCGCACUUCGCUGUCUUUGUGUGUCAACUGUCUUGAGAAAUCUUUCCUUUCUUCCUACUGGCGAGAGAGUGCUCUCCAAUCACAAGGCUCUGCUUGCACUUGCUGGCCGUUUGCUAACAAUCGCACACACACACUUUGAGGGAAGUGAUGCUGACUGGGCCUGUGUGGAGGACCAUGCAGCGAGGUUUUAUUCCCAUUCGGCGUGGUGGAUGCCCUGGCUAGAUGAACUCUGUGAAAACAUCCUCGUACUUCUGGUAAACAUUUCCGGUCACCUGCAAUGCCUUCCACUUCACGAAUCGAUCGUGCGUCCUCUGCUAGAAGGCCUCCUUCACUGGGCUACGUGCCAGACCGCGGCCGCCACCGACCCUCUUCCCGGACACCGAGUCAUCUCACCAGGACGGUUGGCCCUUGAAGCGCUCAAUCGUCUCUCCGUGAACGACUCAAAUGUUUCCAUGCUCCUGGCAACCAUGGAUAAUGAGUGUGCUAGUCGCCUAUUUGACCGUCUCGCCUCGUGGCUAGCUCUGCCAGAAGAUCAAGUGACUCGAGAGCUUGCCCUCUCUACUCUUCACUACCUAUCGGAGCCACCGGUGAAUAUCUCCCAACAGCAAUUUGAUGGGAACAACGCCUUUACGUAUGGGCUGUCGAUGAUUGCACAGGCCAAGCCCUGCCCGAUCGCCGGCCUUAUCUCCUUCAUAGAGGUAACGGAGGCAAAAACGCGGCGUGUUAUCGAACAGUAUGGUGUGCAGGCUUUACAGGAACAACCGGAGUUGAUGGGGACGUCUCUGGAGCUUUUGCGGCGAGCUGGGGCGUUACUGGAGCGUCUGGCCGCAAACCCAUUUGGUAUAAGCCGUUUCUCCCCUGAGCUUGAACUCAGGGUUCUUGGGUUAGCAACCUCGAGGGUGCUGGACGCAACAGUCGCACAGCUUCUGUCCGGUUGUCUUUUGAACCUUCCCCAGAGAGAUCGGCACUCGGCCGCCGUUUGUGACCUCCUGCCGCCAAUCCCCUCCCCUGAACAUGUAGCCCAACUCCUCAGUCCGUCGAUGAAGACAAAACGCAAGAAGGAGCAGCGAAAGGAAUCUGAUCCGAAGGAGGCUAUUAAGGAAGCGUCUCAGCCGCAACCGCCCUCUCCCCCUCCUAAGCCAGAGCUAAUUGCCGCUGUAUAG